ACGGGCUGUCUCUCACACAGGGUUUGGUGUAUGACAGUGAUGGUCCUGAUGCAAAUCUUCUUGGUAUCCAAUGGGGCCCUGAGUUUGGGGCUCGAUGAGGGGGCCUCUCUGCAGUCAGGUGCCAUGGAGCUCCCCUGGCAGGAUGAGCUGUGCUGUGACUCACCCUCAGCCCACCUCACUGCGGAGGGAGACAGCACACACACACCGGAGACAAACCGCUCUGAUUCAAACCCCCUGCACCAUCCCCUCUGCAGCUUCAGGAGCUCCACAACCAGAUCACACCCUCCUGAUCCCUCUGGAGGCACCUGUUUGGACAUUCUGUGCAAAAUUGAUGAAAACUGGGAAAAUCUAAUAUGUGAACUUCAAUCACACGGCCCACCAUCAACCACAAAGGCUGCUGGUGUCAAGGCAAUUAGCUUACAGAGUGUGUCGUCGAAGAAAGAGGAGAAUGAUGGGAAUACACCGUAUGAUAAUCCUGUGAUCUGCAAGGUGGAGGUUUUAUUUAUGUGCUCGGUUGUUCUUGACGCUACGACAAGCUUUGUCACUGUGGUAACUGUCAGCCUUACCGACGCCAUCCCUCCCUCAGUUCUUCUCAGAAUUCCUUCCCGACCUGUGAAACCGAGUCCUCCAGUCAACCUGUCACACAUCCAGACCAUUAAGGCAGAACUGAUACUGCAGUGGGACGACCCCCCCCACUCUGAUACCGGUCGGCUGAGAUACGAAGUCCGGCACUCUCCUAACACCACUCACCCAGCCUGGCAGGUGGUGUCUGUAUCAGAAGAGCCCAGGCUGUCUCUGGAGCUGAAGCCCGAACUGAACUACACCAUCCAGGUCCGCUCCUCCGGCCUGGACAAGCCUCCAUUGUGGAGCGAGUGGAGUGAACGUCACCACAUCUACCUGUACUCGGUGAGCUACAUCCCUCAGACAGUUGUAGCACAGUCUGGGGAAAAUGUCACGAUGUAUUGUGUCUUCAACGACCGCAGCAUCAAUGCCAGCACGGCCACAUGGAUGCUCAACUUGAACCCCAAUCAGACGCUUAAUCGUAGUCUGUACCAUCCGCUCAACCAAUGGGUGAGCAAAAUCACAUUUCGUCCUUCAGAGACUCAGAUGUAUGCAGUGCUGCAGUGCAAGACUAAGAACUGGACCCAGGCACAAAGCCGGAUCUAUGUAGAAGGAGCAUACAUCAAAAUAAACUGUGAAACCAGUGGUGAUAUCGAUGCUAUGGAAUGUAGCUGGACGAACACGCUGUACACUAACCCUAAAAUCAGAUACAGGUGGGCUGACCUGCCGUGCGAUGUGAUGGAGAAGAGGGAACAAAGGGGGGAGGAAGUGGGGCAGACGGGGCCUCCUUGGCCUUCCUGCUUGCCGUUUCUUCGAACCAUGAAGACAAAGUGCACCUUCCAGCCUCUGAGGAUGAACUGCUACAAGCUAUGGCUGGAGGUGCCCUCACUGCUAGGGCCCAUCAGAUCUAAACCCAUCUACCUCACACCCACAGAUCAUGUGAAACCCCACACCCCCACUAAUGUGAAGGCAGUGACCCGGAGCAGUGGGGUCCUAAACGUCACAUGGGAGCCUCCCUCUCUGCCCUCCGAUGGGCUCCAGUGUCAGUUUCGGUACCAGUCGCCCUCCGCUGUCAGAGCACAGCCAGAGUGGAAGGUCCAGAGUCCAGUGCGGGAGAGGGGGGCGGAGGCUGUAGUGUCGGACAUGUGCCGGGUGUACGUGGUGCAAGCACGCUGCAUGCACACCAAAGGCACCGGCUACUGGAGCGAGUGGAGCGAUUCAGUCUACUCCACUCCCCAGAACAGCAGAGCUCCUGAGCGUGGCCCUGAUUUCUGGAGAAUCCUUCAAGAUGAUCCACACAGAAACCAGACUAAUGUUACUCUACUAUUGGAACCUCUCCAAAUAUCCGUGCGCUCUUACUGUGUGGAUGGAUUUAUAGUGCAGUACCAGCCGUUGAGUGGCUCUGUGAGGAGGGAGCAGAUGGAGCUGGCCUCCUCCUACAGCUUCCAGUGGAACCAGGUUCCCCAAACUGUGACCGUGGAGGCCUACAACAAUCUGGGGAGCUCCGCUAACAACAUCAACAUGACACUGGAGAAACAGCCCAAACGCCGCUGUGUGCACUCGUUCAGUGUGUUGGUCAUCAACAGCACCUGUGUGUCUCUGUCCUGGAGCCUGUUGGACCCUCCCUCAGUGCCUCUGUACAUGGUAGUGCAGUGGUCUCCACAGAGGCAGCAGGGCUAUGACCCUCACAAAGGCCGGAGCAGUGACACUUGGGCCAGACUGCCCUACACCAAGCGUCCCAUCUACCUGAGAGGUGAUUUUUUAGGCUCAGAGGACUCUGGCUUCCAAUUGUACCCUGUGUUUGCUGAUGGAGAAGGCGAGCCAAUGUACGCUAAAGUUGCAGCCACCAGAGAAGACCCUGCUGCCUACAUGAUGCUCAUGAUCAUCGCCUUCCUCUCCAUCGUCCUGUUAGUCACCCUCAUCCUCUCCCAGAACCAGAUGAAGAAGAUUGUCUGGAAGAAAGUGCCCAACCCAAACCAGUGCUCCUGGGCCAAAGGACUAGACUUCAAAAAGGGUGCCACCUUUGACCUCCUGUUCAGACAUUCAGAGGGUCUGUCAACCUGGCCGCUGCCCCUGCCCUCUGAGAACAUUUCUAAAGCUUCCAUAUUGGACAAAACAGAUCUCUCGGCUAUGAAUAAAGCUUUAGUCCAAGCCCCAUGUGUGUCCCUAACUCCAGCCCCUGCAUUUUCCAUGUCCCUUACUCCGGGGUUUGACACUGAGGCUGACCCGGCUGAACCCAGCGAGAGUGAGGGGCUCCUAAGUGGAACGUCCUUAGCCCUAAAUGUGAAUACCAUUUCCCGGUCAAGAAUAGAUGAGUUACUACUACUAGACCAGACCUCAGGCAGCAAUGACAGCUCUACUCACUCUUUGGUCACCUACGCCACGGUGCUGCUCUCUGGUCUGAAACAGGAGCAGCAGCCCUCUCACCUCCACUACAAGGACGGUAGCGGCAACAGCUCAAGCGACGAAGGCAACUUCUCUACCAACAACUCAGACAUUUCUGGACCUUUCGUUGGUGGCUUGUGGGAGCUGGACAGCUGCCGAGGUGGAGAGAUGGACGACCUGCGGCUCUCCUGCUUAUACAACUCUGUGGAGGAGCUUUCUGAAACAUCAGAUCAAGAACACAAAGGAGAGGAGGAGGUGAGAGGAAUUAAAGACUUAUUUUAUCUGGGAAUGGACUUUCCAGCGGCGGAUGAGAAGAGUGAGAAAGAUGAGCAGACAGGAGAAGAGACAAAUAUUGAGCUGCUUAAAAAUGUAGUUUUGAACAGAGAUGAGCGUGCUGUGGAGUUGCACCCUUUGCUCGGGCCUGAGGACUCGAGAGAGCUGCAGUCAGCGUCAGCGUCAGCGUCAGCGUCAGCGUCAGCGUCAGCGCGUGGCUUUUCUCAGCUGUACCAGCCUCAGUUCAGGACUGCUGCGUGCAUGAGGCAACUCGCUGCUCACCCACAAGACGGCACUCCAGCCGUGACACUCACAAAGACGACAUUUGCAUAAUUUAAUCAAUUUCGUUGCGGAUUGCUUCAUUCCGCUUUCACCAAAGCGGAUUAGCACGUUCCUUCAGACAAUGUGAGGUAUGGAGCUAAGGAAUGUAUAAGAAUAACUUGUCUGAGUAGUGAUUGCAAAUUGAUAAGAAUCAAUGCUGCUAUUGUUUUCUGCGUGAAAAGAUACUAAGAGGGCACAAGCCUUAUAAAGGCAUUUCUUUCUUUCUUUAUGGGUUUUUAAACCCAGAUUUUACUGUGUCACACUGCUCCUCGCAAUCAGUUACUUUUAAGCUAUUACAGAGAGCAGCACAUGCAGUACAGUGGUCAACAAUGGAGUAAUUAAAGUGUGUGUGUGUGUGUGUGUGUGUGUGUGUGUGUGUGUGUGUGUGUGUGUGUGUGUGUGUGUGUGUGUGUGUGUGUGUGUGUGUGUGUGUGGUGUG